GCUGGCGGAGCUGCCCGGGCCCGGAGGAGGAGCCGCCGCCGGGCCGAGGGCUGCUCUCUCUCGCCGUCGCUGCCGCCGCGCUGCCGGGAGGGGCGGCCGCCCCGCGCCCCCCGCCCCGCCAUGCCGCUUUUCGCCACCAACCCCUUCGACCAGGAUGUGGAGAAAGCAACCAGCGAGAUGAACACUGCAGAGGACUGGGGCCUCAUCUUAGACAUCUGUGAUAAAGUUGGACAGUCACGUACAGGGCCUAAAGACUGCCUUCGCUCUAUUAUGAAGAGAGUGAACCAUAAAGAUCCGCAUGUCGCUAUGCAAGCGUUAACACUUCUAGGAGCAUGUGUAUCAAACUGUGGCAAAAUCUUUCAUUUAGAAGUCUGUUCAAGAGAUUUUGCCAGUGAAGUAAGCAAUGUGUUGAAUAAGGGUCAUCCAAAAGUUUGUGAAAAGCUGAAAGCCCUUAUGGUGGAAUGGACUGAUGAAUUCAAGAAUGACCCACAGCUUAGUUUAAUAUCUGCUAUGAUAAAAAAUCUUAAGGAGCAAGGAGUUACUUUCCCAGCUAUUGGUUCACAGGCUGCUGAACAGGCAAAAGCAAGUCCAGCUCUAGUUGCCAAGGAUCCUGGUACAGUAGCCACCAAAAAGGAAGAGGAGGAUUUAGCUAAAGCUAUUGAGCUGUCACUAAAAGAACAAAGGCAACAGCAAACAACGCUUUCCAGUUUGUAUCCAAGCACCUCAAGCCUUUUAACAAACCACAAACACGAGGGCCGAAAGGUUCGUGCAAUCUACGAUUUUGAGGCUGCUGAAGAUAAUGAACUAACUUUUAAAGCUGGAGAACUUAUAACUAUCCUUGAUGACAGUGAUCCAAAUUGGUGGAAAGGUGAAACUCAUCAGGGUAUAGGAUUGUUCCCAUCUAAUUUUGUAACUGCUGAUCUUUCUGCUGAGCCUGAAAUGAUGAAAGCUGAGAAGAAAACAGUGCAGUUCAGUGAUGAAGUUCAAGUAGAGACAAUAGAACCUGAGCCAGAACCAGUUUAUAUUGAUGAAGAUAAAAUGGACCAACUAUUGCAGAUGUUACAAAGUGCUGAUCCAUCUGAUGACCAGCCAGACCUCCCAGAAUUGCUUCAUCUUGAGGCAAUGUGCCACCAGAUGGGACCACUCAUAGAUGAAAAAUUGGAAGAUAUAGACAGGAAACAUUCAGAACUUUCAGAGCUCAAUGUUAAAGCAAUGGAGGCUCUUUCUUUGUAUAAUAAAUUGAUGAAUGAGGACCCAAUGUAUUCCAUGUAUGCCAAACUACAAAACCAGCAGUAUUACAUGCAGUCAUCUGGUGUUUCUGGCUCUCAGGUUUAUCCAGGGCAAACUCAAGGUAAUGCGUAUUUGGUGGCUGGGAGUGCACAGAUGGGCCACAUUCAAGGUUACAAUCUUCCUCCAGAACAACUCCCUUCUCUCAGCCAAGGCACAGUUACUCCAUCUGCCAGCUCAGUAAUUCCUGGUCAGCCUGCACAGACAUCUUACACAAAUGCAAUGGUUGGUUCUGUUGCUGGAAGUACCUACUCUAACCAGCCUUCAGUUUAUAGUCCACCACCUGGUACUGUUGAUGUUGCUGCUUAUCAGAAUGCUGGAACUAAUAUGUCCCAGGUGCCAAACUAUAACUUAGCACCUACAGCUCUGCCACAGACAGCGGGUAGUCAGCAAGCGCCUCCACAGCAACCACAGCCUCCACCACCUCAACAACCACAGCAUAGUUACUCACAGAAGGCUCUGCUAUAGGAUCCAGGACUUCUGAUUCCUAAUCUUCUUUAACUUCUGCUAAAAGCGGUUGGCGAUUUUAUGAGUUUCUUCAUUUAAUCUCUUACACCUUGUUUAUCCUCAGCUUAAGAAUCUCUCUUGGUGAACAAGUUCAAUUUGCACUGACUUUUUAGGAAUUUUUUUUUUUAAUUUUGCGGAGGAACUGAUAUAUUUAGGAAAUUUAAUUCCUUUUAAAAUGCCUAAAACUUGGUACAAGAUUAUUUAUGUAUGGUUAAAUUGGCUAGUUUGUGAAAACUCAACCAUUGCAAACUGUGUGGCAUAUAUGUUAUGUACAUAUAGUGUGUGAUUGCAGUAGUGCCCAUUUCGUAUAACUAUGGUGGUCAUGUGAAUAUAUUUAACACAAUGUUUAAAAAUAAUUUGCUUUACUAUGUUAUUUUAAUCAUGAACUGACAACCAUAUUUCAUAAUUUUGUCUAGUUUUAAGACAGAUGCAAUGUCUUUUUCCAGUGCAGGAAAAACAGUAAUUCUGCAUAUCAUGGUUACAAUUACAAGCUAAGGUCUAUAUAUGAAUUUACAAACUUAGAUAUUAUUCACUACUUCUUGAAUUGAACACAAGUGUAUCAUGAUUAGAUAGCUUAUCUACCAAAGUAAACUUGUUAACUAGUAAAUGAUUUGGGGGGAUAACAGCAAAUUAUGAUUCUGCUUCGUACAUAAUUACUAACUUAAAACUACUAUUCAGAGGCUGCUAAACAUAUAAUGGGACCAUGAAACAGAUCAGGAUUUUGCAUUUUAUCAUGAGAAGCACGUAAUUUAUUUUUCCAAGUUUCUUUUUAAAAUGAGAACCAGAACUGUAUUCUAUGUGUGUUGGUAGAGAUUACACCAAAGAAAGACAGAGGAAUUGAUUUGAAAGACAAACAAUGGAGUUUUAAACUGGAACACACACUAAUUACACUAUUUUAUUCAAGUCUUCUUAAUUAGAACAGGAAGAAUUAUGGACAUGUAAAUCACUUUGCUGAACAGACCUUCAGGGCUUCAUUUUAUCUCUUGUGGCCUUGCUUAGCAAUUUGUUCUGUUUACUAUUGUAACACAAACACUUCUGCCUUAAAUGUCUGUUUCAAUUUCCAGUUGUACCAUUUGAGUUCAUUAGCCCUUCUAUAGUUUGAAUAGUUUGAGGCAUCUCGACUAAAUCCACUUUUAGGUUACUUUGAAUUCUCUUCUGCAGCAACAUGCAUUAGCCUGAUUUAAUCCCUUGUGUUCCUCAGUAAUUUAGCCACAUGGCUUCGUAAAUCAUGGUAUUUUCUUUCUGUGGAUGAGGUGCUGCAAAAGAAACAUGGUAAUGGAAGGCAGCAUUUCAGGUGUGCUUGAGCAGAGUUUCUUGUACAAAGGCUGCUGUUACUUUGCAUUUUUAUUCCAUCUAGUAAUGCAUCCUGGUUUUGUCUUUUCCAGCAACUAAUUCUACUACAGCAAUACUAGAUGGCUUCCACAUCAGAUCUGUUUUUAGUCCUGUGUGUAUGUCAGAAGUUGUUUUUGUGUAUUUUAGUGUUUUUGUGAUAUUUUAGUGUGAUGCUUCUGGAAUUAAAUGUUGCAAUUGUACAUUGUAUUAUAAAAUGAGCUUUGUUAUCCCAUAUACUCCUGCAUCUGUUCACAGUUACCUGACAUGCCUUUGUUUCAUUAUUUUAAUUGACAUCAGUGUUUUGCCAGAUAUUUUCAGAUGACUGCUUUGCAUAACUUCUGACAGGGGUGGUUACAAACCAUGCCUGUGGUUGAUCUAUUCCAGUUAGGGAUGUUCUAGCCAGCUGGUUGAUCUAAUGCUAGGAUUUUCACAUAUUUACUUUCUCUAAAAUUUUUAAGCAUCCUCACAAACUGUCAUUUGUUUCAGUACUUGGUGUCAUCACAAAAGCCUGUAGAAUUUGAAAGGAAAUGCUAAAGAAAAAAUAAAAAUCUGUCAUCUCUGUCAUGGAUGACUUUAUGGAUAGAAGAAGUGAUGUCUUUAGAAAGGAGUUGUAGUAUAAUUUAGAUAGUGUUCUCUGUAUGCAUUAGGUAUCUCAUUCCAAAAUCAGAUAUUCAAUGUGUAUAGAAAUGUAUAAUUGAUACACAAAAGUGAAAAUAAAUUUUAUUCCAUUGUUCUCAGUCCUUGAUUCAAGAAGCUUGAAGCAUCAAGAUAGUCUUCUUGAUAUUAAUUAUUGUAUUCUUAGGUUUUCAUGUAUUGUCACAUGUUCCCUAAUAAUGUCAUGUGGAACUUCUGUACAGAAAUGACCCCCCAAAAAAUAUAUUAGUAAUUUGUCAUUGUUUCUAAAAUUUUUGAAGUUUUUCCUUGAUAUCUAGAAAUGCUAGAUCCUGGUUUCUCAUUUGAACACUGAAACCUUAUGUGUAUCACAGUUCUGCUCUCCAACUUGCUUAUUUUGGCCACUUAUCUGUUUUUAUGAAAAUUAAAAUCACCUUUCAUGUUCAUCAUGAC